AUGGACAAGUUGAAGAAAGUCUUCUCCCCUGGCUCGUCCAAGGAUGACGACGUCAUGUACGAGAACUCGCAACCAUCGAGCGGCAACCCGACCACGGGACCCUCAGCUUCCUCAACCAGUGCACAGCCGUCAUCAGAAGAUUCUAGCCAGUGGAGAGACUCUACAUUAGCUGGGCUCGGUGUGAAAGGCGGCUCGGAGGGCACGACCACCGCUGACCCUACGACGUCAAGCUUCCAACGGGAGAAUCGAGGCGAUGAUGUUUCCGACUCCACGUACACUGCUCGCUCGUACCAGUUGCCGAGUGGUGUGGCAGGCGAACCGCAAGGGCCAGACCGGACAGUGGAGCAGAUCGAGUCCAGCAACCCAGCGCCUCCCACGGAAUCGAGCUAUCCACGCGACAGCAGCCUGGCCGGCGCAGGAACCAUCACUGGAACCGAAGUAGGUGCGAGCGAACUCGCGGCUCAAGAGAACAAGCCUGGCGCUGAGGAUGUCGCCAACGCAACUUACACGGAUCGAGCAUACCCCGUUGGUGGCUCAUCAAUCGGCGGACACGUGCCCGGUGAGUUUCCCACAGAGACGGGCGAAGACCCUCACACGAUGCCGGGCGCCUUCCCACAGACGCCAGCCGAAGAAGCUGACCGUGGCAUCGGCAGCGGAUCGGCAUUAGCGUCAGGUGCUGGCGUUGGGGGCGCCGCGGCGGGCGGGACGUAUCUGAGCUACGAUCAUUUGAGGUCCAAUGACCAGCCCAGCACUACGACCGAGUCUACCAGUCAUCCUGGUGGUGAAGGAUUUCCAGUCACAUCUUCUACCGAGUCUGCGCCAGCCGACGACUCGCACACCGGACGCAACGCAGCCAUCGCUGGAGGUGCUUUGGCAGGUACUGGGGCCGCAGGAUAUGGAGCUUACGAAGCUACAAGAGGUGACGAUGUCAAGGAUCAAACAACCCAGGACCGCAGUGCACCUACUACAACGGUUUCUCCAGACACCGAGCGAUCCAGCGGAGGACCGUUCAACAGUCACAAGCACGAUCCGGCGUCUGGGCAGUCGACCAUCACCAACACAACUACACAGCCUACGAGGACCGAACCAGCUACUACCUCCAGGACCCAGCCUGAGGAGGAGUCAAACUUUGGUCGUGACGCAGCAAUCGCAGGUGGCGCGACCGCAGCUACCGGAGCCGCUGGCUAUGGUGCGUACGAGGCCACUAGACCGGAAGACGUGAGGGAUACGUCGCUGCCGGAUCGCAGUGCUCCGACUACGACAAGUGGUACUACAGAGCAAACCACUGGCGGUCCCUUCAACAGCCACAAGCAUGACCCAACCCAGCAACAGUCAACCGCAGACACUAUCACUCAGCCGUCGACUUCUGAGACUAUGCAACCCACGUCCACCAAGCCCGAGGACGACUCUCAUCUAGGGCGCGACACGGCAAUCGCCGGUGGUGCUACUGCUGCCACGGGAGCUGCUGGCUACGGAAUUUACGAAGCCACCAAGGACAACGAUACUCCGAGCCAACCGACCCAGGAACGUGCUGCUCCUACCUCUUACAGCGAGCCCACCACCGGCGGCCCGCUGAACAGCCACAAGCAUGACCCAGCUUCGACUGCCUCCGGCAUCACUCAGCCUACAAGCGCCCAGCCGACUCGUUCUGAGCCGACCAGAGAAGAGUACAGCACCAUGGAGUCUGCUAGAACCGAGCCGGAGGAAGAAUCUCACACGGGCCGCAACGCAGCUUUGGCCGGUGCUGGUCUUGCUGGAACCGGCGCUGCUGGCUACGGUGCCUAUGAAGCGACCAAAGGCGAUGAUGUCAACCAGCCACCGCAGGACCGCGAUGUGCCUACGACAAGUGCUACAAUGACUGAAGGUCCAUUCAACAGCCACAAGCACGACCCUGCCUCUCAGCAGUCGACAAUCACCAGCACUGCUCCGCCGACACAGCGAGAGUCUUAUGAACCCACGAGGGCAGAGCCGGAGGAGUCUCAUACUGGUCGUGAUGCCGGUUAUGCUGGCGCUGGUGCGGCCGCAACUGGUGCAGCUGGCUACGGUGUAUACGACGCUACGAGGGACCCUGUAAAGUACCAGGCGGCUGAGCCAACGAGCAGCACCACCACCACUCAGCCUUCGCCGUAUGGAUCUUCUCAACCCACGAGGGCAGAGCCAGAGGAGUCGCACACCGGCCGUAACGCCGCGUAUGCUGGUGCAGGUACAGCGGCAACUGGUGCAGCUGGCUACGGUUUAUAUGACGCUACUAGGGACCCCGUGAAGUACAAGACGUCUCAGACAACUGACAGCACAGCCACUACCCAGCCCUCGCCGUAUGCAUCUUCGCAACCCACCAGAGCUGAGCCUGAAGAGUCUCACACCGGUCGCAACGCCGCGUACGCAGGCGCCGGAACUGCUGCCGCUGGUGCAGCGGGAUAUGGCAUCUACGAGGCUUCAAACCGCGACCAGGCGAGGGAGCAAGUUGCACAGCAGCCGCCUCAGCAGGAGCAAAGUACCAUGGACAAGAUGAAGGAGAAGAUGAAGAGCGACAAGCCGAAGGAGGAGAAGCCGAAGGAAGAAAAGCACAAGUACGAGAAGCCGAAAGAGGAGAAGCCAAGGAAGCUCGAGAAGAAGGAGAAGCCGAAAUAUGUCGAAUCGGUGCCCGCUAGGACUGAGCCCGAGCAGCAGCCAGAAGAGACACACUAUGGCCGUGACGCCGCGAUUGUUGGAGGCACUGGCGCUGCGGCUGGUGCUGCUGGAUAUGGUGUUUACCAGGGGACGCGCGAUGACCCGAACGACACGGGUCCGGCUUCGAAGACCAUUGGGCCGCAUGAGAGCAAUAUGGCGAAUAUUAUGGACCCAAAAGUGAAGCCUGAGCCGGAGAAGAUGAAGGGGAAGGAGCCUGUUACGACUGGAUCGUACCCUCAACAGACCUACCCUCAACAGACCUACCCUCAGCAGACCUACGAGCAAGACCCCAACUACAGCCGAGACGCCGCCCUGGCCGGAGGCGCAGCGACCACCGGCGCCGCAGGCUACGGCGCCUACGAAUACAACCAAGAGCGCCCCAUCACUCCGCAACCCACGACCACCGAACUCCAACGCUUGUCCUACGACUCCCCGAAGGACCGCUCCUCCUACGACUCCCCCCAAACCCGCUCCUCCACGGAGUCCCCAUCCAACAAAGUCUCCACCGAUCAGUCCGGACACCACCACCUGCACAAGAAGAGCGCGGAGCAGCAAGGGGAGAAGAAGCCGACGCUGAUGCAGCGGUUGAUGCAUCCGAAUCAGACGAAGAAGGAUAAAGAGGAGCGCGAGCGGCAGAGUAUGGAGGGGGGACCGCAGUCGGGACAUGUGGGUGGAGAAGGGUUUACGGCGGGCGAGGAGAGGUAUGGUGGGGAUCGGCAGCCGGAGAUGGUGGGGGAUCGGAGGAUGGUGAGGGAGGAGGAUGGGACGGUUGCGCUGGUGAAGGAGGGGGAACCGCAGUCGGGGUACAUGGGCGGAGACGAGAGAUAUGCCGGGGGAGAGCAGUCGGAGAUGGUGGGGGAUAGGAGGGUGGUGCGGGAGGAGGAUGGGAUGAUUACAUUGGUGAAGGAGGGGAGUGGGUCGGAUGCUCCGCAUGCUGUUGUGCGGUAG